AUGCUACCUGCUGUGUUGUGCUGCCUACUGUGGAGUUUCCAGACCUCCGAAGGCCAAUUCCCUCGAGCCUGUGUGUCCUCCGAGAAGCUGAUAGAGAAGGAAUGCUGCCCACCAUGGAGAGGUGAUGGGAGUCCCUGUGGUCAGCUUUCCGGCAGGGGAUCCUGUCAGGACGUUGUUCUGUCCAAUGCAACACAUGGGCCUCAAUUCCCCUUCACGGGGGUGGAUGACCGGGAGUCUUGGCCCUCUGUCUUCUAUAACAGGACCUGCCAGUGCUUUGGCAACUUCAUGGGAUUCAACUGUGGAAAGUGCAAGUAUGGCUUUUGGGGACCAACAUGCACAGAGAGACGACUCUUGGUGAGAAGGAACAUCUUUGAUUUGAGUGUUCCAGAGAAGAACAAAUUUAUUGCUUACAUCAAUUUAGCAAAGCGUACUACCAACCCAGACUAUGUCAUCCCCAUAGGCACCUAUGGCCAAAUGAAUAAUGGGUCAACACCCAUGUUUAAGGACAUCAGCAUUUAUGACCUCUUUGUCUGGAUGCACUAUUACGUGUCAAUGGACACACUCCUUGGGGGGUCUGAAAUCUGGAGAGACGUUGAUUUUGCUCAUGAAGCACCGGGUUUCCUUCCUUGGCACAGACUCUUCUUGUUGAUGUGGGAAAAGGACAUCCAGGACCUGACAGGGGAUGAGAACUUCACCAUUCCAUUCUGGGAUUGGAGAGAUGCUGAAAACUGUGACAUCUGCACAGAUGAACUCAUGGGAGGGCGCAACCCAGAAAACCCUAACCUUCUCAGCCCAGCGUCCUUCUUCUCCUCUUGGCAGAUCAUAUGCAGCCGACUGGAGGAGUACAACAGCCAUCAGGCCUUGUGCAACGGGACUGCUGAGGGACCAUUACUGCGCAACCCUGGAAACCACGACAAAGGCAGAACUGCGAGGCUCCCAUCCUCGGCUGAUGUGGAAUUUUGCCUGAGUCUGACCCAGUAUGAAUCGGGGCCCAUGGAUAAAACUGCCAACUUAAGCUUUAGAAACACACUGGAAGGAUUUGCUAGUCCACUUACUGGGAUAGCAAAUGCCUCUCAAAGCAGUAUGCACAAUGCCUUGCACAUCUAUAUGAAUGGAACGAUGUCUCAGGUGCCGGGAUCUGCCAACGACCCCAUUUUCCUUCUUCACCAUGCAUUUGUGGACAGUAUUUUUGAGCAGUGGCUCCGAAGGUACCGUCCUCUUCAAGAAGUUUAUCCAGCAACUAACGCACCCAUUGGACAUAACCGGGAAUCCUACAUGGUUCCUUUUAUACCCCUCUACAGAAAUGGUGAUUUCUUUAUUUCAUCCAGAGACCUGGGCUAUGACUAUAGCUACCUACAAGAUUCUGACCCAGACUUUUUUCAAGAUUACAUUAUGCCCUUCUUAGAACAAGCGAGGAGGAUCUGGCCAUGGCUCAUUGGGGCAGCUGUAGUGGGGUCUGUCCUCACUGCUAUGCUGGGAGGGCUCAUUGGCCUGCUGUGUCGUCGUCGAAAGAGAAAGCAGCCCUCUGAAGAACAGCAGCCACUCCUCAUGGAAAAGGAGGAUUACCACAGCGUGUUGUACCAGAGCCAUUUAUAA